AUGGCAUACGAUAUUGAAAUAUGGUGGCUUCGUUGUAUAUCAUUUAUUAUUGUCAUACCAUAUUUUGGACAGCACCUUGUAGCUAUUUGGAAAAUGAUUAAGGAUCUUUUAUUUUUUAUGUGCGUUAUUGGAGUAGUUAUGAUUGCAUAUGGUGUUGCAUCGUGUUCAUUGGUUUAUUAUCCAAAAGUGAACAACUUUACAACGGAAUCGGGUGGUAAUCCAAGUGCUGGAUGGUCAAUUACAAAUCAUAUAUUACUUGCUGCUCAUAUGUUGUUUGUUAAUAUUUUACUCAUAAAUCUACUUAUUGCAAUGUUUAGUAAACAAUUUAAUCAAGUUUAUGAAGAAACACAUCAAAUUUGGCAUUCACAACAAUAUUUAUUAAUGCAUGAAUAUUUUGAACGUUCACCAUUUAUCACACCAAUAAGUUUUGCGCUCGAUAUUUAUUGUUUAAGUCGUAUGCUCGUCUUCUUUAUAAGACAAUCAGGAGAUUAUGACGCUAAAGUAUUCAAAAUGAUUGCAAAAGAUAAAUCUCUUAUAACUAAUUGGCGUGAAUUCGAAAGUGCAUCAACAUAUGAUUAUGCUCAUGAUGAGAUAAAAGCAUUGAAAGCUACAUCAACGAAGUAA